AUGACUGAAGAGGAACAUAUAUAUACACAAAGUUACAAUCUGUUCAGAAUCAUAAUUUUUCAUAAGGAACGAAAUGAUGAACUUUGUACUGCAGCAAAGAAGGAAGAAAAUAUGGUUACUGAAGCCAUGGAGGGUAUUGAAAAUAAAACAUGUGUCAAAUUCACAAAGCAGGAGAAGCAGAAGCAAUAUAUUUUCUUGACGAAAAAGAGAGAUGGGUGUUAUUCAAUGGUUGGCUAUCGUGCAACAGCUCAAGCUCAUACAUUGAAUUUACAGUCCCCAGAAUGUUUUGAUCAGGUGGGAACAAUUCAGCAUGAACUUCUACAUGUACUGGGUUUACUUCAUGAGCAAGCAAGACCUGACAGAGAUGAUUUUGUGAAGAUUUACUGGGACAAUAUGGAUAAGGGAAGGCUGGGUUAUAUUUGA